CAAAAAAAAUUAUUUUUCAUUGUCCAAAAAAAUGAUGAAGAGCAGUAGUGUUGUGCUCCUUGUAGCAGCUCUUGCUCAGCAGUACAUUUUAGCAGGUCAGUGUAAUAGAUCUAGCAAUGUAGCUCUUUUGACAGCCUGUUCUCCAAUAGACUCUGAAUCCUGCAGUCAUCAUCAAACUGGCUCUGUACGUUUGGUAUGGGGAUCAGGACCCUGGGAGGGGAACCUGCAAGUUUGUCUCAAUGGUGUAUGGGGCUGGGUCUGUCACAAUUCCUUCAGUAAUAUUGAUGCAAGGGUUGUCUGUAGGCAGUUGGGAUUUUCUACAAAAGGAGCUCAAUUCAAGGGAAACUCAUAUUAUGGUUGGGGCACUGGAAAGAAAUUGAUUGACUAUGUGAACUGCGUUGGAACAGAGAACAGUUUACUCGACUGUAAGUACUCUAAAGCCUCAACUAGUUUGUGCAAUCAUGGUACACUUGCUGGAGUGGUUUGCCAAAGUGGUGGCUCAUGCAAAAAUCAUGACAUUCGUUUGAUAACAGCAUCAUCAUCAUAUAGAUCAUAUGGUCGGAUUGAGUACUGUCUCAAUAAUGAAUGGGGAACUGUAUGUGAUGAUGGUUGGGAUAAUUCUGAUUGUAAAGUAGCAUGUAAACAAUUGGGAUUUGAUGGUCAGUCUUGUAGAUCUACUUGUUGUGCAAACUAUGGAAAAGGCUAUGCUCCUAUAGCAAUAAGACAUGUGGGCUGUUCAAGUAGCAGUAACAGUCUCUCUUCUUGUAGUUACAUAGCAAAUUCUGUUGGAUGCAGUAGCACUGAAGUUGCUGGGAUGGAGUGUUUUGGUCGAGUUAAGACCCCUUGUACUAAUGGGCAGUUCAGAUUGUGGAGACCUUUUAAUAAUACAGGACCCAGUAAUGAAGGGAUUCCAUUGUAUUGUAAAAGUGGAGUCUGGAGAACUGUCUGCAGUUACACGUUCAAUUGUUACACUGCAAAACUAAUAUGUAAAGCAAUGGGAUAUCCUGGAGCACUUGGCGUUGCAAAUAAUUAUAGAUAUUAUGGUCGGUAUCACAUGAGUUAUUAUGACACAUACUACUGGUCAUGCAGUUCUUCUAGUUCUUCACUAUCUCAAUGUUCAUAUGUUUAUUCAAGAGAGUGUUGUUCUAGAAGGUAUGGUUACUGUAGAUCAUAUUGCAACAGGUGCACUGCUUCAACAGCAACUGCUCUUAUCUGUUAUUCUCCUUCUCCAGAAUCUGGUACUUGUGCUAAUGGUACUGUAAGACUAGUCAAUGGAUCUACCAGUAAUGAAGGAAGAGUAGAGUAUUGUUACGAUGGGGACUGGGUACCUUCCUGUGGUAUGUCAUCAAUCACUGCUUCACUCAUAUGUAAACAGCUAGGAUACAAUUCUACUUUUGUCAGUGUCUUUAAUGAUGAAAGAUUUGGUCGUACUAACACAUCAAGCACUUUCAACUAUAAAUACUGCAGUAGAAGUCAGAGUUCAAUUUCAAAUUGUACGGAUGUAAUAAAAGAAAGCUUAUGUUAUAUAAAUCCUUCACAAUGUUCAACAGAGUAUGGUCUACGUUGCUAUAAUACUGGUUCAUGUUCCAAUGACGGUGAGAUCCGAUUGGCCAAUGGUACAAUAGAGCAAGAAGGUAGAGCUGAAAUAUGUCUCAAUGGAGUAUGGGGUGGUAUCUGUCAAACUAGUUGGGGUACAUCUGAUGCUUUGGUAUUCUGUAAAGGACUGGGAUACAGAGGACCAAAUCCAACCACAUUCUAUGGUGCUUAUUUUGGUGAGACUGAAGGUCCGAUUAUAUUAAGUAAUAUUGGUUGCUCUGGAUUUGAGACCAGCAUUCAACAAUGUAGCAAGAGUAUACAACCAAACUUCAAUUGCACACAGCAAAAAUCAGCUGGAGUGAUGUGCAAAGACUCUUGCAGCAAUGGUCAGGUGAAACUAAGAGGUGGCAAUGGCCCUAGUGAAGGAACUGUUCUUGUCUGUUAUAAUAACAUGUGGGGCUUAAUAUCAGAUACUGCAUGGAGCAAUGGAGAUGCUAGAGUUGUCUGUAAUACACUUGGAUACAAGAAUAAAACUGCUAAACCUGUAAUUGGAUCACAUUUUGGCAAGACAAACUUACCACUACAUUUUAAGCAUGUGUCAUGUUUUGGCCAAGAGACUAGCAUUAUGCACUGCUCUAAGAUCAUACUCUCACUUAAAAAUGGAAAACUGGCUCUCAACACUGAUGAUGUAGCUGGGGUUAAAUGUAUAGAUGAUGAUGGUGAUGGUGACAAUGAUGAUAAUGUUGGAACAAGGCCUAGGGGCUGUAUCGAGAUCAAUACUGUAGCAUCACAGUGUCAGUCUAAUGGUACUAUCAGAUUAGAAGGUAGUGAGGAGAAAGGGACUGGUAGAUUAGAGUAUUGUUAUAAUGGAUACUGGUCACCAUUCUGUAAACUGGAUGCUGUAGCUGCAUCUGUUGUCUGUAAACAGCUUGGAUUCACUAACUAUACAGCUGCUUCAAUCAUUCCCAUUGAAAUAUCUCAGAACUUCAGCCUCUUUGAAAAUAUCACAUGUACUGGUACAGAGUCUUCCUUAUCAAACUGCAAGAUUCAUGCAUCAAAAUGUCUCAAAUGGUGCAGUGAAGUUUUAGCAAUAAAAUGUUUCAAUCCUGGUAUGUGUACUAAUGGUGAUAUUAGACUAGUUGAUGGUAUCAUUGAAAAUGAAGGAAGAAUUGAAAUAUGUACUGAUGGAGUCUGGGGAGCUGUCUGUGAUGAAGGAUGGGAUAAGACUGAUGCUCAUGUUGCCUGUACUGAAAUUGGAUUUCCACAAUUAGAACCAGUGGCAUAUCAUAACUCUUACUUUGGUGAUGGAAAGUAUCCAAUUAUGUAUUCUGAUUUUUCUUGUGGAGGAUGGGAGACUAACUUAACCGACUGUGAUAAGAAAAUUUUUCCUCAGUCAAAAUGCUCAAGGGAUAGUGUUGCUGGAGUAUUGUGUGGAUAUGAUUGUGAAGAUGGUGAGAUACGAUUGGUAGGUAGUGAAUGGAACUAUGAGGGAACAAUAGAGAUUUGUCAUGACCAUAUUUGGGGCCUUAUCUCUGAUUCAAGUUGGGGUAUUCAGAAUGCUGAAGUAGCCUGCAGGCAAUUAGGAUACCAGAUAUAUGGAACUCAUCCAUAUUAUCGUUCUCAUUUUGGCAAACCACCUAACAAGACGAUACACAUAUCAAGCAUACACUGCACUGGACAUGAAAGAACAAUCAGUGAUUGUACAAGAACAACUCUUUCCCUAGAGGAAGGAAAGACUAUGAUACCUCAGACUAAUGUAGCUGGUGUGAAGUGCUAUACUCCUGAUCAAUGCAUUCCUCCUCCAACUGGAGGAGUAUCAUGUACUAGUGGACGCAUUAGACUAACUGGUGGUGGUAGGUCUGGUGUUGCUGAAGGGAAUAUAGAGUACUGCUAUCAUGGAUCAUGGUCACUGUUUUGUUCACUUGGACCACAAGAAGCAAUAGUAGCUUGCAGACAGCUAGGAUAUGAGCAAUAUGAUAUAACAGCAGUGUUUAAUGAUGGAAGGUUUGGAUUAUCCAGUGUCAAUAGCCUGUUUCAGAAUGUUUCAUGUAUUGAUGCCCCAACUGCUACAUCAUUAAGUGAAUGUGAUCUUGUUGAUAAAUGUCAAUCAAAGUGUCAGUACCCCAUUGGUCUACGAUGCUAUGAAUCAACUGGUGAGUGUGAAGAAGGAUCAGUGCGUCUUGUUAAUGGUAGCACAGGAGAGUCUGGAAGAUUGGAAGUCUGUACUAAUAAUAUUUGGGGGAGUGUAUGUGGUAGGGGAUUCAGUGUAACUGAUGCAUAUGUAGUGUGUAGACAAAUGGGGCUUGGAGAAUCUGAACCAACUGUUUAUACUGAUUCAUACUUUGGUGAUGGUAAUGAAGCUAUCAUUUAUUCUGAUUUCAAUUGUGGAGGAUAUGAAGAGACUGUUAGUGAAUGCCGCAAGAGAGAACAUGGCUCCUUUACUUGUUCUCUUAAUAAUGUUGUUGGAAUCAUUUGUAGAGACAAUUGCUCUAACUCUGAUGUACGUUUGGUUGGUGGUCCAACUGAUUAUGAAGGUAUACUUCAAGUGUGUUAUUAUAAUACCUGGGGGCUUGUGUCUGCUAAUGGAUGGACUGACAGAGAAGCAUCAGUAGUCUGUAAACAACUGAACUAUAAUGCAUCAAGAGGUGAUGCUGUUAAUGGCUCACGUUAUGAAGCAUCAAGGAGGACCAUACAACUUAUUAAUGUUGCCUGCACUAGAAAUGAAGAGGAGCUGGAUCAGUGUGAUAAGAGAUUAUUGACACCAGCAGAAGGAGCAGUUCUUACUAGAGUGGUUGAUGUAGCUGGAGUUUAUUGCAUACCAGCAGUAACUGAUACCCCUCGCCCUCGGCCAUCAUUCAUUUUCCUCAGUUCUCCAAUAGAAGUUAGCCAUAUGAAAAGAAGUACAAAAACGAUAUAUGCUGCUACUGUCAGUGUCCUGAUAUUAGUAAUAGUUCUCAUUAUUGCAAGUUGCAUGGUUAUCAUUAUUAAGCUGCUAAAGGCAAAGACGAUUGUUUUCAACAGGCAGAUGGAACUGCAGGCAUUAUCAAAUCCAACAAAAUCUAACGAGUACACAGCUGUUGAUGAAAAAUAAGAAACAUCAUGCUGGACUAGGUCAUUUUGGUAGUAUCUAAAUUUCUUUGAAAUGAUUUUUUGAGUUAA